AUGGCCAAGAAGAUUCUCGUGCUCGGCAGCGGCAUGGUCGCUAAGCCAUGCGUCAACUACCUGCUGCGAGAUGCUGACAACCUGUUAACCAUCGGUUGUCGCACAAUCACCACUGCCGAGAAGUUGGUAGCCGGACGAUCCCGCGCAACUGCCAUCGCCCUCGACGUCAAAUCCGCCGAUCUAGACCGCCACAUUGCCGAGCACGAUCUCGUCAUCUCCCUCGUUCCCUUCAUCUAUCACGCCGAUGUUAUCCGGUCGGCAAUCAAAGGCAAAACUCAUGUCGUCACUACAAGUUAUGUGUCUCCUGCGAUGCGAGCCCUCGAUGGAGCGGCCAAGGAUGCUGGUAUUACCGUCUUGAACGAGGUCGGCGUUGAUCCUGGUGUGGACCACCUUUAUGCUGUCAAGACUAUUGGCGAGGUUCACGAGAAAGGGGGAAAGGUCAAGGAGUUUUACUCAUAUUGCGGCGGACUCUGUGCGCCCGAGACCUCGGACAACCCUCUUCAAUUCAAGUUCUCAUGGUCGCCACGCGGCGCCUUGCUCUCCCAGCACAACUCUGCCGUUUUCCUCCAAGAUGGAAACGUGGUUGAGAUUUCGAACAAGGACCUCAUGGCAACAGCUCGGCCAUAUCACGUCCUCGACGGGUACUCGUUCCUGGCAUACCCGAAUAGGAAUUCCGUGCCAUUCCGUGAAUUCUACCAGAUUCCCGAAGCCCAUACCGUCAUCCGGGGCUCCCUCCGGUACAAAGGCAACCCUGCCCUGGUCAAAGCCCUAAUCGAUCUCGGAUGGCUGGACACAGAGGAGAAGGCCUGGCUGAAAGACGGAAUGACAUGGAGUCAGCUUCAGCAACGGGUGACUGGAGCGAGCUCGUCCUCCGAGGCCGAUCUCAUCACCAAGGUCAAGGAACUGUGCAACUUGCCCUCCUCAGUUGAACAAGACGAAAUCCUAGUGGGCCUUCGGUGGAUGGGACUCUUCAGUAACGAGGUAGCCCCUCUGCGGGGAAACCCUCUCGACACUCUCUCUGGCCGGCUGGAGGAGAUCUGCAGUUUCCAACCUGGCGAACGGGACAUGGUUAUGCUGCAGCACAAAUUUGUCGUAGAAUGGAAGGACGGUUCAAAGAACACAAUCACCUCCACACUUGAGCUCUUCGGCGACCCUAACGGCUACUCUGCCAUGGCCAAGUCCGUCGGUGUUACAUGCGGCAUUGCCACGCAGCUGCUUCUCGACGGACUGCCAGCCCCCAACGAGCCUGGCGUGUUGGCGCCGUACACGAAGGAAAUCUGCGAUCCGAUUCGAGUAAAGCUUGAGGGGGAAGGCAUCAAAAUGGUGGAGAGGAUGGUUUAG